AGCGCAUUUUCUUGGCUUCUGUUCAAUGCACAGCAUGAAUAAAUGUUUCUAUGCACCAUAUAAUAUCUUACACUGUCUAAUUUGCUGCACUGUUUACAGCUCUGCUAGGAAGAUGUUGAUGCAGGCACUGUUUGUGGUUGUGCUGGCAUCAUUCUGCAAUGCACAGUUUCAACCACAACCAGCAGGUCGUAUCUUAGAGCCACCUGUUCCAACUCUCUGUGCACAGAGAAAGAUUCAUGAACACUUCAAUGGCAAGGGCUAUUUCUUCUCAUGGAAAGACUCACAAACACAAACUCCUGAAGACUGGCUUGGUGGUCGUAACUGGUGUCGCAUGCGUUGUAUGGACCUUGUCAGUUUAGAAACUACAGCUGAGAACGAGUUCAUUAAGAAGCGAAUUGUUGAAGGAAACCAACGUUACAUAUGGACAAGUGGGCGUCUCUGUGACUUUAAGGGUUGUGACCGCCCAGAUCUGCAGCCCCUCCAUACAAAUGGUUGGUUCUGGACUGCUGAACUGACUCGUCUUCCACCCACAACUGACAGACAUCAAAAUGAUUGGAGUCAUACUGGAGGACUCAACAGGCCCCAGCCUGACAACAGAGAACCUCAGCAGGGAGGAGCUCCAGAGAACUGCCUUGCUGUGUUGAACAAUUUCUACAAUGAUGGCGUUCACUGGCAUGAUGUUGCUUGCCACCACCGCAAACCAUUUGUCUGUGAAGACAAUGAUGCUCUUUUGAAAUAUGUGCGAUACACCAAUCCCCAUCUGAAAGUAUAAAACACUGUAAAUGCUGAUAGGAACAAUAAAAUUUUUAUAACAAG